AUGUCCGUCGGCUUCAGGCAAAAUAUAAUUUUUGCAUUAUUUCUGCAAAAGUAAAGUUUUCUAACUGUUUUUGUUUUCUGCUAUCCAAUUCAUGAAGAAUUUACAAAACUAAAAUAGUAAUGCAACCGACGACGAUGCUUCCGAAACUUACGGACACUACUCAAGUUAUAACUUUUUCGGAAGAUGAUGGAGUAUGUAGUGCAGAAGUGUUGGCCACUGAAGUGGUGGUUAACACUAAUGCUGGCAACCACAACCAUGGCAGCUCCAAGGUGAAACUGAAAAACUUGGUUGACUACAAUUGGGAGCCCAAGUUCUACUCGGGUCAACUGCUUGCCAUUCAUAUGAGUGGAAAGUAUUUGGCGUACUCCAUUAAAGCCCCAAAUGCAGCCAGCCCAGGCAUGUGGACUGGAAUGGUUCGUGUCGUUUACAGCCCUGAACCUGGCACCGACCGUCGUGCUUUGAUCAAGGGCAUGAAAGGAGAAGUGCAAGAUCUGGCAUUUGCUCACAUACAAAAUCAAGUGGUGUUAGCAUCAAUUGACGAACUUGGCAAUUUUUAUGUCCAUGAAAUAGAAGCCACAGACAGUGGACUCAGAUGCACGCUAGUGGCGGAGGAGCACGUUGAAGAGGGCGCAGGUGCGACGGCGACUGCGGCGGCGACGGCGGCGUCGCACCGCGUCGUGUGGUGCCCUUACAUUCCGGACGAUGAUGACGCGCCGGACGAUGAUGUGGCAAGGUUGCUGCUCACUACGCACGCUAAUAUAGCCCGCAUGUGGAACAUCCGCGCCGGGGGCGGAGGCGGCGCGGGCGCGGGGGCGCUGGGGGGCGGCGCGUGGGGCUCCGCGCACGGAGCACCCCUCGUGGACGCCGCCUUCUCGCCCGACGGCACGGCCCUCGCCACCGCGGCCGCCGACGGAUACGUCAUGUUCUACCAGGUUUACAUGCACGCGGAGAGCAGCCCGCGCUGCCUGCACAAGUGGCAGCCUCACAAGGGAGCGCCGCUCUCCUGCCUGUUCUUCCUCGACAACCACAAGCACUACAAUACUGACGUCCAGUUCUGGAAAUUCGCCGUGACCGGCGCUGAGAACAACACCAUAAUCAAGAUCUGGUCGUGCAAGUCUUGGCAGUGCUUGCAGACUCUUAGAUUCGGAUCUUCGCCCUCAGUGGGCGUAGAAGGAUUAGUUGGGUUACGCGCAGCCUUAGAAGCCAGUGCUAGAUACCUGGUGGUGUCAGACUUUACGUCUCGCUGCUUGUACGUGCUGCGCUUCUCUAGCGACUCGGAGCAAGCUCACGUCGAUUCUAUAUGCGAGUUCCCGCUGCCGUAUCCGGUUCUGAGCUUCUGUAUUCUAGAUGCUGAGGAGGAACAGGUGAAAUGCGAGUCGAGCUGCGACGACCCGUUCCAUACCAACGGCUCGGGCGGCGACGUGCCCGACUCGCCCGACGACUUCGACCUGAACCAAGAUGAUGUGGAUCCGUUAGUGGGAGGCGAUUGUACAGACGAGGGAGAGAAGCGCGUGCGCCUGCGUCUGUACAUCGUGCAACCCAAGGGGCUGCAGGAGGGCGAGCUGGUGUACUGCCCGCCCACUCCACAUGCUAGGAACGCACUAGAAGACGCAGUCCCAGUGCCAGCAGGAGCGGGCGAGGUCCCCGGGCUCCAGUCCAGCAUCCUGCAGCAGCAGAGCCAGCAGCUCCAGAACCUGCUCAUGCGGUCCCAGACUCAGCCGGGCAGUUUGAUAGUGCCACGCGCCGAGUCCCCUACUAUCGCGCCGCCGCUUAAUCUCAUGACUCCCGACGCCUUCAGUUCCCCGGGCAAGCGCGAGGAAGACGACCCUCCCCUGUCGGCCACGCCCGACGUGCAGCCCACGCAGCGCCCCUCAAAUCAAGGUAUACCGGCAACUGAGGCAGCGGGCACAGUCACGAGCGGCAGCGGCAGCGGAGGCGGCAGCGGCGGCGUCGGCGGCGGGGAGCUGCACAAGCUGACGUCGGGCGGUUCCAGCCCCAGCCGCGAGGUGCGGCAGAUCAUGGGCCACAACGAGCGCGCCUACUACCCGCACGACCUGGAAAACGAGGAACCGGAAGAGGAGGAAACGGACGUAGCUGACGCGCUCACGAGUGAAGUAGCGGCGGAAGCGGAAGUGGAUACCGCGGACGAUGUCUUCACCUCAAACGAGAUAUAUGCUGCUACGGACACCGCGCCUGCCAAAAUCAACAGCGACACGUCGUGGCCGCAGAUCUCGAUGGCGCAGAUAUCUGAAGCCAACCAGCGCAAGGCGUCGAGCGACAAGUCGAGCAGCCAGUCGCUCAACGCGUCGCUGCAGCCCGCCGACCGACUCUCGCCCGCCGAUCGCUCGCGGCUACUGGCGCUCGACCACAAGAUAGACAAACUGACGGAGCUGGUGGCGGCGCAGAGCCGGGAGCUGCGCAGCCUCCGCGGGUCGGUGCACAGUCCGCGCUCGCUGGUGGAUGCCGCGCUGCACGCGCACACCGACCGCACCGCCACCGUCGUGCGAGACGCGCUCUCUGACGGUUUCGAGCGUAUAUCCCGUAUGGGGGAAGCAGCCAGCAGUCGCGCGGCCCAAGCAGCCGGCGUUGGAGCUGCGCGGGGACUCGAACCCCUAGUAGCCGCCCUACACCACGAGCUGGCCACUAAACUCACCGCUACAGACCAUCUGCUACGAGAAAACAUCGACAAGCUGGCCAACAGCAAGUUGCUGAUGGAAAAGCUGAGCACGUCCAUAGCCAAGUCUCUGUCGGAGAUGGUCCGCGAGCAGUUCCGCGAGGCGAUCAUGGCGAGCGUAGUGCCCGUCGUUGAGAAGGCGCACGCGCAGAUGUUCCGACAGAUUAACGCCGCCUUCCAGGCCGGCACUAAGGAGUUCGCGGCCAACACUGAGGCGGCAGCGCGAGCGGCGGCAGAACGCGGCGGCGCCGCUGCCACCGCACAACUGAAGGCGGCGCUCGAACGACACGGUGCCGCGCUCGAGCGACACUCACACGCCCUCUCCUCCGCCCCCCACUACACCGCCGCGCUGCAGGAGGCCGCGCACAGCGUCCUAGAAAAGGAGAUGUCUUGGUGGCGGGAACAAGUGGCCCGGCAGCUGUCGCGCGCACAUUCCCCCUCCACGCCGCACGCCUCGCAUGCCUCGCACGCCUCGCACCACGACCGACAGAUGCAGGUAGCGCAGAUUCAGUCGCUGAUAAGCGCCGGGGACGUGAAUGGCGCGUUCCAACUGGCGCUAUCCGCGUCGGAUCUAGCGCUCGUAGUAGCCGCCUGUCGCGCCGCCGACCCGCCCUCAGUGUUCGGCCCGCCCUGCCGCCUCAAGCAGCACGUGCUGCUGUCCCUCGUGCAGCAGCUCGGCGCCGACAUGCCGCGCGACACGCCCCUCAAGCACAGGUACUUAGAAGAAGCGAUAAUGAAUCUCGACACAAGCAACCCCGUCACGCGCGAGCAUCUCCCCGUGGUCGUACGAGAGCUGCAGAAACAGGUAAUGGCAUUCCUAUCCGCGCAUCCAACGCACGCGUUAGCCCGCCAAUUCAAGAUGCUGCUAAUGGCGGCAGAUUCCUUAGUGAAGGCGGCCUGACCGCGCCCGCACGCGUUACUCAUCAAUACCGCGCUGCUGAUGUGAAUACUAUCGACUCGUUGCUUACUCGCCACUUGACUAGUUGCUUACAUUCACAACAAUAGGGAAUAUGCAUGUAAUGAGGGAUACAGUUAUCUGUCUCACCAGAUGGCGCCAUUGUCGAGUGAAGUCCUAAAGUAAAAUUUGUUAUUACAAACGUGAAAUCUAAGUUUACAUUUAAAUCGCAUUUUAAUAGAUAUCCUUAACAUAAUCGGCUAUGCCAAAGUGUUGUGCAGAGGUCGUAGUAUUUUUCUUAGCUCCGCUUUUAAAUCACUGACAUUCGUUGACACGUAACUCAUAUUUGCCAUAAUCAAUCUGAGUUAUUAUCAAAUAUUCCCAACAUUAUUUCAAUUAGAAAUAAACCUGCGUAGUCGACCCACAAGCAAUAACAUUAGACAUUUCGGGAGACCCCACUGGAAUUGUUGAUCGAAGGACCUCACGCUACACAAGCGCCUCUAGCGGCGGAUUCAUUCGCGAUAAGCCUUCAUUCAAAUGAGGCUCAAUUUUUUUUAUAUAAAUUCUUUUACUUUUGAUUAGUCCCUCCAUCAAUAAUUUUUAAUGUUUAAUUUUUGCAAGACAUUAAUUAUAGAAACGUGCUAAAAACUUUUGGGAAAUUCUUAUAUCUGAAACGCGAUGAACCGUUUGUGACGUAGAUAUACAUAGCAACAAAUCAACAAACAAGCGCCAUGUGCACAGGAUAUGUCAAAAUCCACGAGACCUAGUGCUAAUGCGCAGUGCGCGCUCAUCUAACCUAAUCUUACUGGUUUGUUUAGUUACUAUGAACUGUGACGUCACACCACAUGUUCUAAAAUAGCACGCGUUUAUAAUUCCCGUGUAAAGAGGUUUUUUUAACAUUAUUUUUGGACACAUUACAGUAUUUUUUCGACGUUGUAAUUUUUUUAUACUAUCUUUAGGGAAUGUAAACUAUGAAAUAAAAAUAUAAAAAAUAAUCAUACAUAUUCCCUAUUGUAAAAUUAUACUGCUCCAUUCACACGGCCACGGAACGGAACGGACGCGAAAUAACUAAUAUUAGAAUAAUGCGCGAGAGUACCUCGAAUGACAGCUUAAUUUUCGGGCGUUUAUAACUUACGCGAUUACUUUAAAAUUCUCGAAACAACCUAACACUUGAGGCCAUGAGAACCAUAGUGGCCUAACUCAUUUUUUAACCAUAGUGGCCUAUCUUACUAAGGCCAGUAUGGCGCCUAAAAUUUAAAUCACAGACUAAAAUCCGUAACAGUAGUUAUGCUACCAUCUAGUGAAUAUUCGUUGUAUCACUUUUAGACCACUCUGGUUCUAUCAAAAUGAUCAAUUUGAAAUGGAAAAAAUCAUAAACUCAGUAUUGUAAAAAAUGAGUUAGGCCACUAUCGUUCUCAUGGCCUCACUUUCAUUGUUAGGCAUGUAUUAAUUCAUGAGACUGCAUAGUUUCGCUACCGUUGCGUUCCGCGUAAAUUAAGCCUUACACAGAUUCGGGUGCGAGUGUGAACUCCGACUCAACAGCUUUAUAAUCCGGCGGCCAUCUUAACAUAAGAACUUUACAAACCAAAGUAUUACACCCGCACCAGUUUCAAUACUAACCAUUUAUGUUGUGAAAAGGUUGUUAUUGUUUUCUGUAAAAUUAACACAUUUUUUAUAGUAAAAUAAACUUCGCUGUUCGCAAUAUCAAGAAAUUAAUAGUGCCUUUGUAUAGAUUAUUUAGCAGCUUUUUUAACUAUAGUCAAAAUGCGAGAGAAAUGUACUAUUUUUUCCAGUCAACUGAUAAUCGGACUGGUUAAUAGCUUGGUAGUAAUCUUACACAUUUUAUAGAAUUGUAUAGUGUUCUGCCAAAGAAAAUGAUACUUCAUAACGAGUCGAGUAUUCCGAGUUAACUUCAAAGUCAUUAAGAUUACGAGUUUAACUACAGAGAGACCAUAAACACUCGAGUGACUUAAUGACAUAGCUGUUUCAGUGAUUUAGUGAUAUGUUUUUUUUUUGUUGACGUACGUAAUGUAUAAAUGAUAAAGACAAUUAUCUCCUGUUUCAUGUAAAGUGUUUCGAAGUGUGUAAUUUAUGAUGAAAAUGAAGCUUUCUUUUCCUCAUGGUGCGCAAAUUUGACGUCUUAUUUUAUCCUUUCGUUCUUUAAAUAUGUUUUUAUUGUAAUUAUAAUAUAAAAAAAUCACAUGUAAAAAAAUUGUUUUAGGGCUACUAAAACCUAAUUUGGGUAGCCAUAAAACUAUUUCAUCAAUCUCCAGUUUUUGCUUUGGUUGAUAAAACAAAAAAAGAACAAAAUUUAUCUAUCAUUCAAACUUUUUGAUUAAUUUUUUUUUGUAUUUCAUUUAAUUUAAAAAAAAAUAGUAAUAAGACAACAAAGAACUAUAUUAACGAUAUUUGACCGGCAUUUUCACAAAGUAUGCCCAUAUCGUGAAGAUUCUACCUAAUAUGCAUACACUACUAAUUUUAACAUGUGGACCACAGAAUAGUGUAAUUAGGAGUCGUCAUCGUCGCGUUACUUAGUGCUUAGCUAACUUAAGACUGCUACUUAAGGUAAGCUUGGAUGUUGUGCAGUUGCAAUUAUCAUUCUAUUAUAAAUAAGUAUAUUUAACAUAAAAAAAAUGUGAAAGAACGCGAAGAUUGCUAUUGAAAAGUCCAUGUUGUUUACAUUUAGUCUUUAUGUAGGCAAAAUAUGUAUUUACUGGUGUCAAUUCUGGCGUGAUUCUCUAAACUUAAACUAAAUCUAACAUUAGUCUUUCCUUUUCAUUCUGUAUAGGGAAUGACAAGGAUACACUGUUGUCAAAUUUAAGUUUUGAUUUAGAGAAUCGUGCCAGAAUCGACAGUAACGCGCCUAUUUAUUAUUUCAUAGAACUAAAGUGCUAUAAGUUUUUGUAGUGCUAAGUGGCGGCUUGAAACCUGACUGAUUUUAGAGAAAAUGUAAAAUGUACUGAUGAACAAUUUGCAACUUAACCCUGUUCUAUUAUAUAGAAACAUACCACCAAAUUCCAGCAUUGUACCAAGUGAUUUUAAAACAACCACAUUUGUGUAUCUAUAAUCUUAAGUUCCUUACGUGCGACUUGAAAAUCCACCUAUACAGGAUCGGCGUUACUCAAAUGUCUAUAGCAUUCGUGCCAUCAAAAAAGACUGUCAACAAUUGAGGCCUUAAAUUCAAAGUCUGCACUGUAUAUCAUCGGGGUUUCAGAAGCAAGAUCGAGUGUGCUGUAAUACUGAUAUCUUCCUGGCUUAUUCUGUACGUCAUUUAUUAAUGAGGAGCUGGCGAACGAAACGAUAUAAUUACGCAUAUGGUUUUGAUCAUAUAGUACAAAAAUUACGAAAUUAAAAAUCACGCCAAAAGCUCACCGUAGGUAUGUCAUUUGGUUUUUUACAGCUCCUGUCAAAUUUUGUUAUACCGUUAUACCGUUUUGUUUGCCAGCUCCUCAUUUGGGAUGGGAUAAUUGUCGUCUAUAGUCUCUUUCUUUCUCGUCUAUUUUACGGAAAUCAAUGACUAUCCUCCAUUUUUGUUUUCCAGAGGCAUCAAAUUUUUUAGGAACAAGAUCCUAGAUCGGUGCGCUCCAUGCAGACUCAAAGGGCCUAAUUAUAUUCUGUUCCAACAUUUUUGAUAUUUGAUCUCUAACCUCCUGACGGUGUACAAAGUGAUACCUAUAGCUCUUGGUGUAAAUAGGGACUUCACCGGUUGUCCGUAUAUGACUUCAUCGGUUGUCC